AUGCCCUUCCUUUCCACUGUUUCGCACACAAAACCUGGAAGAGCUGUCGAUUCCAUUGCAUUGUUUUUCUCUAAUCUUCGCGGUAUUCAGACGGACUAUAUAUUUUCUCAACCUAGUAUUGUUACGCUCAGCUCAAUUUUAUGCAUGGCAUACAUAUCGAGCAGAAAUGUUCCUUCCCCCUUCGUCAAGAUGCCAGACAACCUCCAGAACACCCCCUCAAACAUGAUGAGAGAACUAAUUGAGAAUGUUGUGCAAAUUGCCUGGGUUUCUAAAUAUUGGAUUACUCUUAGCUUUGCUAUCCUACUUCACAUCUUAUUUUUGGUUCGCACAGUGUCAAGGUUCCCUAAUAUAGCUAAGCACUUGAGAAAUCGAGGCCUGUUUGCCCUUUUUUUUCACAUUGGCGUCUCAACGAUGGAGCUUCUUCACUGGAAUUACACCCGUAUCACAACUAGAGCCGAACCAGUCGCAAAUAUCAUAGAUAUUAUCCUCUGCGUGGCUCAGGUCACCAGCACAAUGAUGAUAACAAGGCGCCUGCAAAAGGGACAUCCGGAUAUGGUCAGACCCAUCUUUCAAGCCGUUAUGCCGUAUCGUCUUCCUUUGACAGUUGCGGCUUAUAUCUUUGAAAGCUCAAUCUUGCACCGCGCGUCUGUCAUGACAAAUCGAGGCUUUCUCUACGUUCGAAUUGGAAUACUUAGCUUCUCCAUGUUUGACCAGCUCAAGGGCUCAAACGCAUCAAUAUACACCCUAGGCAGCUAUUUGGGCUCAACCCUGUCUACCUUGGACAACGACAUGCCGCUUGGAUGGGCUAUGUUUGGCUAUUGUGUUCUGAUGACAUCCAAGCUGUCGCGCUGGACAACGCAUCAAGUUAUGCCAAGUAGCCCUGAAGUUCCAAAGAAAAUGAGUGCGAUGAGAUCGCAGCUGGUGCGGCUUCUGCUCUGGAUUGGACUUGCCGAUCUGAAGAUUGUUAAAGCCUAUGAUGACGGAUCUUUGUUUGGUCCUAAUGCUGGAGAGAAGGAACAUGUCAAUUGA